UAGAGGAGAUGGGGCGACACGUGUCAAAAACUGUGACGUCAUCACAAGCUAGCUGAAUCAAUUCGCACGCCUGGAUACCGGUAGUCCUGCUGUAUUUGUUUUCGACCGGCGUAUUUACGGAUAUCUUCAGAAACAAACAAGCCCUCAAGGGCUAUGUGGAUAGACAGAUGAAGGGAGGAGAAAACAGCUCAGAGAAGAACAGUAUUCGACCAUAUCUUCUCUCUUUCACUUUCGUUCAGCUGGCUCUGAUAUGUUCGUUUGGUGCGGGGUUUUAUGUGCAAUUUCUGGACGUUACCCGGCUUCGCGGACGAGUCGACAAGUUAGAAACUCUAUGCAAUUUCGCUAUUCAUAACAGGCAUGAACGGGCAAAGAGAAAUGUCAAGGCGGAGACAACCCAGCCCCCAAUGAUGAGCAGUGACGUCAUGCCCGAAACCUACACCAACCUUCCUUCCUAUGCCAGCACCCCCGAGAUGGCAUACGUCACCCAGAUAGCCGACAAGAUCAAUCUGACGGAAAACAUGGCUAACAUCGACUACGGCGGCGUGCCACUCUCCAACUACGGCGUCGAGAUGGUCAUCGACCAGGCCAUCCAAUACAUCCUGGACGCUCAGGCAGAGGCACUCGCAGUUCAUUGUUCGGCCGCGCACAGCAUUUGCCUCUCAGGUCCAAAGGGUCAACCUGGUUUCGACGGCUACCCAGGUCCGGAGGGGCCAGUGGGUCCGGCUGGGAAAGAUGGUUCCCAAGGACCUCCCGGCAACCCAGGUGCGGAUGGACUUCCGGGGCAGAAAGGAGCGGAUGGUCUCCCGGGGCCGAAAGGUGAUGAGGGUCCGCGGGGAGAACGAGGCUGGCGAGGUUGGGUUGGCAUCAAGGGAGAGCCGGGCGAUGGCGGAUCCGCUGCUGGUCUGAAAGGAGACAAGGGAGAUCCCGGAGUGCCCGGAAUUGUUGGACCCAAAGGAGACAUGGGAUUCCCUGGGUCGGCUGGUGAACCAGGUGCUGUUGGUCUGCAGGGGCCGAGAGGUCUUCCAGGGGCUAAAGGUGACAACGGGCUGCCUGGCCCCCAAGGCGUGCAAGGUGUCCCGGGUCAGCGGGGAGAAAUGGGAUACGACGGAUUCAAGGGUGAUGCGGGCCAACCAGGACCGAGAGGAGACUCAGGCAACGCAUCACCAUCUGCAGGUGUAAAGGGAGAGACAGGUGCUCCUGGCCCCCCGGGUCCUGCCGGUCCCCCGGGCCCUGCCGGAUAUGAUGGCUUCAAGGGCGAAGCUGGCGUCCCCGGAGCGGCUGGUGCUGCAGGCCCCCCAGGAGGGCCAGGCCCUGAGGGUGCCCCCGGCCAGAGAGGAUGGAGAGGAUGGCGGGGGCAGCAGGGUUUGAACGGACCCCCCGGGCCUAGAGGGUUACCAGGCCCUUCAGGUGGUCCCCAAGGAGAACCAGGACUGCCCGGCCCCCCAGGCCCCCAGGGAAUACAAGGCCUGACAGGCCCGCAAGGCCCGACUGGAGGCCCGAAGGGAGACAAAGGCGACACUGGACAGCCCGGCUUUGACGGUAUGACAGGCCCCCAAGGGCCUGAAGGGAUGCCAGGUCUCCCGGGUCAAAAAGGUUCAUCUGGCUUGAACGGUCCUCCGGGCUCCCCAGGUCCAGCAGGUGUAGACGGAGCUCAGGGCGCUGUUGGCUACGACGGAAUGGACGGAAAACCGGGCCCGCCAGGCCCAGCCGGAGAAAGAGGCUUGCAGGGAUAUGAUGGAUUACCUGGACCAGAUGGUCUCCCAGGGCUGAAGGGACAGAAAGGUGAACCAGGAACCGAAGGACUACAAGGACCAAGAGGCUAUGAUGGCUAUCAAGGUCCUCCCGGGUUGUCGGUGAAGGGAGAUGCGGGUACACCUGGCCCACAAGGAUUUGCAGGUCCUGCCGGACCCAUUGGGCCGCCGGGCCCUCCUGGAGGGCUGGGGCCUCUUGGUCCACAGGGCGACAAGGGACCACUAGGCGGAGAAGGACCCCAGGGGCCCAGAGGAUGGAGAGGAUUUGCUGGUCUACCUGGGCCGCCUGGUAAAGAUGGUCUCCCAGGUUCGCCGGGCACACCAGGAACACAGAGCGCCCCAAGACCAACUGGACAAGCAACUACGUUCAGACAGGGCCACAAUCAUAACAGCAUAGUGAUGACAGGCCAACCAGUACUCCGACAGUCGAUGAACACUGCUCAAACACGCGUCAACCCGAUUUAUCGAGCUAUACCCCCAGACCCCCCAGCCUCACAGCAAUACCCCCGACAAUUUGCCCAAUCCCACUCAAGUACCCGAGCCCAGACUGUGUCCAUCCGACAGCCCCGCUACCCCCCAGGAUCUUUCCCUCAAUCUGCGGCAGCAGCCUCCGGACCCGGAGCGUCAGCGGCUGUACCCAGAUCUCUGGGCGCUAGGUUUAUCGGUUCAGGUGGUUCCGGUGCGGCUAAAAAUUCAGUUUCAGUUAACAGACCAAGCCCUGAUAGCGGUUCCAUCAACACAAUAAAGAUAAAGACAGGCAUCUCUUCCCUGGAUUCCAACCCCUCGGGAAAGGACAUCCAAGCUAGUGGGACAAGCCAAAACACACCUGGAAACACCAAGUCUACUCUUCCUGUUUCCAACGCUAUUCUUCAAGCAUUGUCAUCCUCUUCUAGUUCAUCUUCAAGUCGUUCUGCAUCUAUAGCAGCAUCUAAACCCGCAACAGCAACUGUGACCCUAAAACGUCCUCCAGCCUCCUCACUAACCUCUUCAUCUUCCAAAGCAUCUGUUGUAAUCUCCCGAUCUUCGGAUUCCCCUUCUCCAAGGCCUUCAGUGACCAUAUCCCGGUCUGUUGUUAACAAGGCUCCUGAAGCGAAUCCCCGACCCACUGCCUCAAUAACGAUCUCCAGGCCCCCCCAUGCUGGAGCAAUCCGCUCAAGCUCCCAGUCGCGUCCUGAUCCCAUCAUGGUAUCCAGUUCAGCCCAGUCGACAUCUGAGGCCAUAGCUCGGUCCUCAGACAAUUUGUCCCGCCGCAACCAAUCACCUUCAAUCUCAAGCCCAGCUCGAGCUUUAGUCUCAGCCUCCCGCCCGGCUUCUGCAGCCUCCGUCACCAUCUCCCGACAAUCUCAAUCUGGUUCAAACCCCUCCCCAUCUCGACCCUCAAUCUCAAUCUCUCGCCCUUCUUCGUCAGCCUCCAUCACAAUCUCCCGACAAUCUCAAUCUGGUUCAAACCCCUCCCCAUCUCGACCCUCAAUCUCAAUCUCCCGCCCUGCUUCGCCAGCCUCCGUCACAAUCUCGCGACAAUCUCAACCAGGUUCAAACCCCUCCCCAUCUCGACCCACAAUCUCAAUCUCCCGCCCUGCUUCGCCAGCCUCCGUCACAAUCUCCCGACAAUCUCAAUCUGGUUCAAACCCCUCCCCAUCUCGACCCACACUCUCAAUCUCCCGCCCGGCUUCGCCAGCCUCCGUCACAAUCUCGCGACAAUCUCAACCAGGUUCAAACCCCUCCCCAUCUCGACACUCAAUCUCAAUCUCUCGUCCUGCUUCAUCCGCCACCAUCACAAUCUCCCAACCUUUCAAGUCAGCCUCAGUUUCUUCACCCAAAAGAGCUUCAGCCACGGUCUCCCGCCCCGUUCCCUCUAUCACAAUCUCCCGACAAUCUCAACCAGUCUCCUCCCCCUUCUCACCUCAAAUCUCACAGACAAUCUCCCGACAAUCUCAAUCAGCCUCCUCCCCCUCCUCACCUCAAUCCUCACAGACAAUCUCCCGACAAUCUCAGACAGCUUCAAUCUUUCCCCCACAAAAAUCUUCAACCUCAGUCUCUCGUCCUGCUUCAUCCGCCUUCCUUAAUCUAGUCCGGCCUCUUCAGUCAGCAUCAGUCUCCUCCCCGUCUCGACCCUCAGUCUCAGUCUCCCGUCCCAUACCUUCAGCUGUAGUCCCAUCUUCCCGUCCCAUACCUUCAGCUGCAGUCUCAGUCUCCCGCGGACCGUCAGUCUUCCUGAAUCGACCUUCCGCGAAUUUGCAAAGCCCUUCUACAGGAGGAUUAUUCCUGCUCAGACAGAGGCAGAGGCAGGCAGCAAGUGAUGCAGCAGCCUCAUCUGUUGUAGCAAGCCAAGACAAGGGACCACUUCCGCGCCGUCGACCAAGUUUCCUGACCUACCGCAUGGCCACCAACCACCGCUCCUCGAGCCCCGGGACCAACAUCGCCAGUAGCAUCGUCAAGCGUCCACAGCCGUCCCUAGGCGGAGCAGGGGGGUCAACGCAGAUACGAACACCAUUCAUGCGUUACCAAAGCAACAGACCUAACGCCUUAAGAAGCAGCAUGUCAUCUGUGCGUAUUAUCCGGCAUGGUAACCAAGCAACAAGGGCAGGUAACCCACCAGGGCAUGGUGCUGGGGGCGGGGCUGGAGGCGGAGCAGGAGGUGCUGGAGGCGGGGCAGGAGGCGGGGCAGGAGGCGCUGGGGGCGGAGCAGAAGGCGCUGGGGGCGGGGCAGAAGGUGGAGCUGGAGCUGCGGCCCCGGUCUCUAUAGAAAUUGAAACAGAAUAA